CUUUUCAUAGGAUUUUGGAUUUUUAGAGAAAUUAAUGAGAAGAAUUUAGGCCUAGGCCAAAAGUCAUGUAACCCUUCUGUUUUAAUAAGUUCUGAAAAUGCAAACCAAUCAUCUGAACCUAUAACAGCGAUAUCGUUACCAACAGCUAUUUCAUCAAAUAUACUAUCGGAACGAAAAUUACUCCAACGAACAAUAUCCAACGAAAAUAGUAUAGAUGUUGUGAUAGAUCUAGAUGUUACAUCAAAGCCAACAGAUAGGCAUUCAUCACAACAGGUAAACAUGUUCUCAGACGAGAUCAAUAAUAAACUAAUGACUUUUAUCAUCUACCUUGUGUUACAGGUAAUAAUAAAUCAAACGUUAUUUCCAAAUGAAACCAAAACGUCAUUGUUAUCUAUGUGAGACAACUUUUCUUUCUUGUAAAACUAACAAUUAUUGUAACUGAUAUUUUAUUGUUUAGAAUUUCUAUCCCUCGAUUAGCACCAUUACGACGACAUUCAACUAAUGCGAACAGGCAAAAUGUAGCAGAUUAUGUUGAACAUCAUUUACAAGAGUUGCUCAAUGAAAAAAUACCGGAUCGUGAUUAUCAUAUUUUUCUCCAAUACUUUAAUGGUGAUAUAAGUAACAAGGAAUUUACAAUUGAAGAAUUUUAUAAAUUCUUUCAAUUGACGAAGACACAUGGAGAACGCUUGCUUGACAUAUUUGGAGAGACGGCAUGUAUUCAAGUGAAUUCAAUCAAUGGCAAGCGUGUUAUUCGUAUUGCUCAUGUACUUUCCAUGGCACCUAUAUCAGUCAAAGCUCUCAUUCUAUUCAAAACAUUCGAUCGUAACGAUGAUAAACAUGUGUCUGUUGAAGAAAUAAGAGAAUUUUACGAAACUUAUCUUAUUGAAUUUCGUUUUCCUCAUGAUUCUUCAUGUCGUCAAGAAUUGAUUGAUGUAUUUCUUCAAGCAUUUCGAAUGUGGGAUGCUAAUCGUCAAAUGAAUUUCGAUCAAUUCUAUACAAUUCUUCAAGAAACACCAAACUCAUUAGAAUCUCUUCAACUUAUCAACAUUCCAAAUAAUAAUGAUCAAAUUGAUAAACUAAAAUGGCAAGCAUGGCGAAGAAACAACAAAUAUCAUAUUCUCAUUAUUCUUGUAUACAUACUAGCCACAAUUGGUUUAGAUAUUUUUUUGAUAAUUAAAUUGGUUGUUAAAGAACAAAAUCGAAACGUCUGGCUAAUUCUUGCACGUAUGGCUGGAAGUUCGAUCACAUUAAACUAUAUCCUUUCGAUUAUACUCAUGCUCAAACAUUGUAUGGCAUUAAUACGAACAAAUCGAUGGUUGAGACGCUUUCUACCUGUGGACGAUCAUAUUGAUGCUCAUCGCUAUGUCGGUGGUGCAUUGGGAUUCUACAUUGUCGUUCAUUCAUUAGCUCACAUAAUAAACUAUGCUACAAAUACACAGGGUAUUACUCCAUAUGCAAGUGCUCUCGAAUGUUUAAUGCACUAUUUUCGAGAACAACAAACCAUUUGCGAGAAAUGUUGUCAUGUGAAUUACAAUCAUGAAGCUAUUCAACAGCGUAAAUUACAAAAAGUAGAUUUUAUUUGGGUAAAUCGUGAUGUCGAAAACUUUUCUUGGUUUUUGCAAUUAUUGAAUGACUUCGAAAAUGAACAAUUAACUUAUCUUGAAACAUUACGAGCCAACAAUGUCACUCCAAAACGGUAUAUUGACUUUCAUUUCUAUUUUACAUCAUUGAAAAGCAAUAAUCAAGGAAUGAUUGGCUAUGCUCCAUUUGAUCUUGCCGCUAAUAUCUAUCAGAAUGUAUCAAAUCGUGAUGUUCUCACUAAAAUGAGAACAAAAACAAUUUUGGGCAGACCGCAAUGGUCACUGUUAUUUGCCAAGUUUAAAGCUGAAUAUCGAAGAACCAGUGUCUUCUUUACAGGCAAACCGGUUCAUCAAGAUGGUCGUCGUAUUAAUAAACCAAUAUUCGAUCAAAUUCAUCUAGAUAAAGAUGAUGAUGGUGAUUCUACAUCGGAAUCCGAGAGUGUGACUGAGAAAUCAAUCAAAGGUGAAUCGAUGGAAGAUAAGGAUAAUAAUCAAAAACAAUCAACAAAAAAACGACGACGAAUCGACAGUGAUCAAGCUGCUCGUUGA